GAUAGGCCUAACCUUUGCACUCAGCAUUUAGCAUUUAGACACAACGAAGUCAAGAGUAAGUCCAGCAAUGAUUUGUUAUUUGCCAUGGUUGAUUUUAAUAUUGUUUCCUUUUUUUGAUGUUUACUAUUUCGUUAGAGGCGCAUUUGUCAUUAUCUAUGCUUUUUGGAGAAGACAGAAAAACAUUCUGGACGAAUGUGUUUUACCAGGAAUAUGCCUAACUACAGAUUUAGACUUUGUACUUCAUAUGAACAAUAGCAGAUAUCUAAGAGAAUGUGAUUUUGCAAGAUUUGAUUUUUGGAUAAGAACAUCUUGGUGGAAGAAAGUAAGAAGCAUGGGAGGUUCUAUGACAAAUGGUGGCAACAAUAUAAGAUACAGAAAAUCUAUCGAGUUGUUUGAUAGAUAUGAUAUACACACCAAGAUAUCAUAUUGGGAUGAGAAAUCGUUUUAUUUUGAACAGACUUUUGUGCGUUGCAGUGAUAAAUUUAUUUGUGCAAUAGUUAUUGUUAAACAGACGCUGAUAGGAAUAACGCCAGAACAGUUGAUAGCAGAAAUAGAUUCCAAUAUAGUCAAACCAGAACCAUUACCUGACAUUCUCAAAUGGAUUGAAUCAAAUCAGUUGUCCAGUGAAAGACUACGAAAAUCACUCUAGGAACAAAUUAUAUAUACUGUAGUUAGAUUAUAUAUUAUUUCCAUAUUAUCGUGUUACUUUAAUAAGAGACUUUUAUUUAUUUUAUUUAUUUAAUAAAGAUUUAUAAUUUUAAAAUUAAAAGGGAGGUAAUAUUGUUGAUUUAUGUGUUUAUUCUAUUUAAUUUUAAUGUAGCUGCACUCAAUGUCUGAUGAAUUUUUAAAUUUUAAUUAACUCAGUCAAAUAAUUAAUUUUUAAAUUUUAAUUAACUCAGUCAAAUAAGUAAUUUUUGAGAAAAAUGCAUAUGUAUACAAAGAAUGCCCUUGCAAAUGCUGUGCUAUUCAAAAAAAGUGAUAUAAUAUCUUUUGUCAAACACCUGAUCCAGUAUUACAAUGUUUGGGCAUUGUGAUGGUACAACUAUGGACAUAUACAUGUAUAGUAAAAGGGGAAGAUCUGUCAUACCUGAAUUGUGCAACAUAGCCUGUAUUAAAGAUACACACAGAACUUGAAUCUUUUUUUGUUAAGUUUUUCCUUGUUAAAUUUAUAAUAGGUUACCGUUACCGGUAUGUAUUCGUCAGAUAUACAACUAUUUCUCCUGGUCUUUAUGUUUUGGAUGCUAUGUAUUGAUAUAUACUCAGGAAAUUAUUGACAUGUUUGAGAAGUAUGGAUAAUAUAAAUGGAUAUUAAAUAAUGUGCAUUUUAACCAUGUACUGUUUAUUCUAAUCUUUUUCUGUUAUACUCUGUUCAACUUAUUUCUCUCUAAACCGAUUAUAUACACACCAUAUUUAGUCAGUGCCAUGGUUGUCACAUCUUCAACUAUAUAAUACAUUUAUAGAUCAGUGCUUAAAGGUCCUUGACUGCUUUGAAUUAGGCUGAAAUAAAAAAUGAUUAAUUGAGUUCAUCUAAAUUGUUAUUGCAUUUAACCAUGGGGAAAGCUCACAAUUAAAAUCAACACAUAAAAUGCAUUGAAAGGACAUUGGUUUAUCUACGGACCAUAAAUUUUAAACAAAGACAGAUUGACAGCUCACAAUUAAAAUCAUCACACAAAAUGCAUUUAAAUUGAAAAUGUUAUUGACCUAAAUCAAAAAGGGGGAUGCCAGUCAGGUGUUACAAAGACAGAUUGACAGCUCACAAUUAAAAUCAUCACACAAAAUGCAUUUAAAUUGACAAUGUUAUUGACCUAAAUCAAAAAGGGGGAUGCCAGUCAGAUGUUACACUCUCAGUUUACAGUAAAGUCUGUAUGUGGACUCAAGAUAUCAGACAAAUGUUGCAAUGCUUUAACAUGGUGUAUAUGUGGAUGCUGUCUCUACUUUUUUCUUCUGUCAAUUAUUUAUCCUCAAAAUAAGUAUGAUGCACACACAUAUCUACCUAUUUGAAUUUUACAUUCUUUGUUUACAAAAGUGGCAGGAAGAGUCUUAAUUAACUCUUAUUAACUUUCAACAAUUUAUAAAGAAAGUAAGCAAGUUCUUUUAAAUUAUAUUUGUCACUUGAGGAAAUGAUCUCAGAUGUGAAAUGCUUUUAUUUAUUUAUUUUUAAUUUUUGUAAUGUUGUUGUUUAUUAAAGUAUUUAUGA